AUGUCGAAAGGUCAAAAGGGCUACAAAGUCCCCUAUCGAGGAGGUCCUCGGAGUGGUGGUCGAUAUCUCAAGAAUAACAAAAAAGCAGUAGACAAGGACUCCUUACUAGCAACGGAUCGGACAAGCUCGGAAGAAAAAUGGGAAGCUACAAAGCUUGCAAAUUCGAUAGACGAGAAGAUGGGGUUUCCAAGAUAUGAGGCUGGACCGAAGAAAAUUGGGUGGUUGAUCAAUAUGCAUUCGACGGCAAUUGAGGACGAGAACAAUAUUGGAGGGAAGGCUGGAGUUGACUUCUACUUCAUCGACGACGAGGGCGGGUCCUUCAAGGCGACAGUUUUAUACGAUCCGUAUAUCCUGAUAGCCUGCAAGGCUGGCUUUGAAAUGGAAGUUGAAGAAUGGCUGCGUCGAAAAUUUGAAGGAUUAGUAAAGUCACUUUCGAGACUUACAAGAGAGGACCUACAGAUGCCCAAUCAUUUGAUGGGUUAUAGGCGGACAUUCAUUAAAAUCGACUUCCACAAUGUUCCUGAUUUACUAUCCGUCCGAAAAGUUCUGAUGCCAAUUGCCGAGGACAAUAAGAAGCAGGUUGAUGCCAUAGAUACUUAUGCUGAAGUUACAAAUUCUCGGGCCGGGUUUGACCUCUUCGACGACCCGUUAGACAUGGGAAGAGCAAACAAUGCCGGUGUCGACGCAAGCGACUAUAUAGUCGACAUUAGAGAAUAUGAUGUUCCGUAUCACGUUCGAGUUUCGAUAGAUCUAGAUAUCCGGAUCGGGAAGUGGUAUACCGUCGAAGCGAAGCACGGCAUAAUCGGGUUAUCUCUAAUAGAGGAUCGUCUUGCUCGUGCGGACCCUGUGGUGCUAGCUUUUGAUAUUGAAACCACAAAGCUUCCCCUCAAGUUUCCAGACGCCUUAAUUGAUCAGAUUAUGAUGAUUUCAUAUAUGAUUGAUGGACAGGGCUUCUUAAUCACAAACAGAGAAAUAGUAUCUGAGGAUAUUGAAGAUUUCGAGUAUACUCCAAAGCCAGAGUACGAGGGUGAAUUCAUGAUAUUCAACGAACCGAAUGAACGUGGUGUCUUAGAGAGAUUCUUUGACCAUAUCAAAGAGGCGAGACCAACAGUCAUCGUGACAUACAACGGAGACUUCUUCGAUUGGCCUUUUGUAGAAGCGAGAGCUUCGGCUUUAGGUAUUGAUAUGUACCACGAAGUUGGGUUUCGGAAGGAUAGUGAAGGUAUCUACAAGAGCAAUUAUUGCGCCCAUAUGGAUGCUUUUGCUUGGGUAAAUCGAGACAGUUACCUUCCGCAAGGUAGUCGUGGCCUCAAAGCAGUUACAACAGCGAAGCUGGGUUACGACCCGGAUGAAUUAGAUCCAGAAUUGAUGACAAGAUAUGCGAGCGAACGCCCACAGACAUUGGCAGAAUACUCGGUUUCCGAUGCUGUUGCAACAUAUUAUCUGUAUAUGAAAUACGUCCAUCCUUUUAUCUUUUCUCUGUGUACAAUCAUUCCUCUAGGGCCCGACGAUGUCUUACGGAAGGGUACCGGUACCUUAUGCGAGAUGUUGUUAAUGGUUCAAGCGUUCCAAAAAAAUAUUAUCAUUCCCAACAAGCACAAAAACCCCGAUGAGGUCUUCUGGGAGGGGCAUCUGGUUGAAUCGGAAACGUACGUCGGUGGUCACGUCGAGGCAUUGGAGGCAGGUGUAUUCCGAAGUGACAUUCCCGCCAACUUUUCGGUCGAUCCUGGUGCCAUCGAUGAACUACUACGAGACUUAGAUGCCGCCUUGAAGUUCGCCAUUGUGGUAGAAAGCAACAAGAAGCUUGAAGAUGUCACGAAUUAUGACGAAGUCAAGGAAAAGAUUGCAGCGAACCUGAUGGACCUGAAGACGACACCUAAUCGGAGUGAAAGGCCUCUCAUUUACCAUUUGGACGUCGCCUCUAUGUAUCCAAACAUUAUGACGACCAACCGUCUCCAGCCAGAUUCUAUGAUCAAAGAGUCAGAUUGUGCGGCUUGCGAUUUUAACCGCCCCGGAAAAACAUGCGAUCGACGGUUGCCGUGGGCUUGGAGAGGCGAGUUCCUGCCGCCGAAGCGGGACGAGUAUCUUAUGAUUAGGAGAGCUCUGGAAAACGAAAGGUUUCCGCCGAAAUACCCAAAUGGGCCUUAUAGAAGUUGGGAUGGGCUACCCCCUUCUGAACAAGCAGGUUUAAUUAAAAAACGGCUUACGGAAUAUAGUAAGAAAAUCUACCACAAGAUCAAGGAGACAAGGACAAUUGAACGUGAAGCUAUUAUUUGUCAGCGUGAGAAUCCAUUCUACGUUGAUACUGUGCGAAUGUUUAGAGAUCGUCGGUAUUAUUUCAAAGGCGAGCAGAAGGUUUGGAAGAACAAAACAGAUUCACUGAAGAAGGCAGGUGCAAACCAAGCCGAAAUAGAUGAGGGUGGAAAAAUGGUGGUUCUAUUUGACUCGCUCCAAUUGGCUCACAAAGUUAUUCUCAAUUCCUUCUAUGGAUACGUCAUGAGAAAGGGAUCCCGGUGGUAUUCGUUGGAGAUGGCUGGUGUAACUUGCUUGACUGGAUCGCGGAUUAUUCAGUUGGCUCGCCAGCUUGUGGAGAGGAUAGGAAGACCGUUGGAGCUGGAUACUGAUGGUAUUUGGUGUAUCCUACCUGCUACCUUCCCCGAGAACUUUGUCUUCAACUUAUCAGGUGGGAAGAAGCUACCAAUAUCGUAUCCUUGUGUUAUGUUGAACCAUCUAGUGCACGACAAGUUCACAAACCACCAGUACCAAGAUUUGGUAGACAAAGACAAGUUUAAAUACGAGACACACGCCGAGAACUCAAUCUUUUUUGAAGUUGAUGGUCCAUACAGGGCUAUGAUCUUACCAACCUCUAAAGAAGAGGAUAAAGGAUUGAAAAAACGAUAUGCUGUCUUCAAUCAUGAUGGCAGUCUCGCUGAAUUAAAAGGAUUCGAGGUCAAACGUCGUGGCGAGUUGAAGUUGAUUAAGAUAUUUCAGACUCAGAUCUUCAAGGUGUUUUUAGAGGGUACUACACUAGCAGAGACAUAUGCAGCGGUUGCUAAAGUAGCGAAUCGUUGGUUGGAUGUUCUUUAUCAGCAAGGGUCCACUCUCGCCGAUGAAGAGCUCAUUGAACUCAUUUGCGAGAACAGGAAUAUGGCGAAAACUCUGGACGAAUACGGGACUCAAAAGUCAACAUCUAUCAAAACUGCGAGGCGAUUGGCAGAGUUCCUGGGAGACCAGAUGGUCAAGGAUAAAGGUCUCAACUGCAAAUACAUUAUCUCUGCGAAGCCGAGGGGCGCCCCAGUUACAGAAAGAGCCGUCCCAGUCGCCAUAUUCUCUGCUGAAGAGUCCAUCAAGAAACACUUUUUACGGAAAUGGCUUCGCGAGGAUAUCACUAAUAUGGAUCCUAGAAAUGUGGUCGAUUGGAGCUACUAUCUCGAGCGCUUAGGCUCCGUCAUCCAAAAACUUAUUACUAUUCCUGCUGCGCUGCAGAAGGUUAGAAACCCAGUGCCGCGGAUUGUUCAUCCUGAUUGGCUUCAGCGUCGGAUCAACGCGAAGGAUGACAAGCUGAAGCAGAAGAAGAUGACGGAUAUGUUCAAGAAAGAACCUAUGGCGGAUGUGACGAGUAAUGCUAUCAAUUUACAGGAUAUGGAAGACUUUGGAUCAACAGCGCCAGUUGGAAAAGGUCUCGAUAGCGUCUUGAACAAAGUUGCGGCAUCUCAGAGCCUGAAACGAAAGGCACCAGAACCUGUCGUCCCAGUCGAUCCGUAUGCAAGCCUCCCAGCAAAGAUGCCAGCUAUCGACAAAGACUACAAGGGAUUCUUGCAAUAUCAGAAGAAGAAGUGGAAAAUCCAACGGCAUGCCCGAGAACGAAGAAGACAGCUGUUUGGAGACCGACAAGCAAACACAGGCGAGGGUCUGGACUCCAUGUUCCGACAACAAGCCCAGCUUGUCUACAUGAAGGCAUGGCAGGUUCUACAUUUUGCAGAGACGGAUGUUCCUGGCGAGGUCAAUGCGCACGUCUUGAUCGAUCGGAAGAUACACAUCGUAAAGGUUGUUGUUCCAAGAACAAUUUUCAUCAAUUUCAGAAGUAAAGAUGUUCCGAAUUUCGAACUGGACCAGUGUAGCUCCGAGCCCGUCAACUUUACAUUACCCAACGGUCACUCAUCAUCAAACUUGUUCAGGUUGACUAUGCCAGAACAAGUAUACGUUGAGAAAUUUCAAAAGAUGGUGGCUCUGACAUCCCACCCGACAGUGGAAGGAAUCUAUGAAACCGACCUUCCUCUGAAUGUCAGAGCUAUGCUACAGCUAGGCAACACUUGUACAUUGGACGGGAGCACCAGGGGCGUACUUGGGAAGGGCAUCAAGGAGGGGUUUGACUUGAAAGAUAUUCUCCAGCAAGAUACCCAGCAGCCUUAUCUUGGGGACGCACAAAUUUCCUAUCUAUACUUGUUCCACCUGGUUGCGGGAGAUAGACAAUUUGUUUCUCUGGUAUCCUCGAGCGGUGCCGAGGCCCAAGUAUUUGUGCUGAACGCGCAGAAGGAUACGCAAAGCUUACCGAAUAUCGACAAAAUGUAUGCGGAACAAAUUCUUCGACGAAACCAGGAGUCACACGGACAGGGUCCGUUCGAAUAUCUAGAUACAGUUCAUUUCAAGACAACCUACAUCAACAAGCCACGCCUCUUAUACAGGAAUAUCGAUGAUGCGAUUAAGAAACUUAAAUCUGAGGAACAAAAGGCAUUUGUCCUUGUUAUCCAAUCACCUUACAAAUCCACGCUUUGCAAAGAAAUACGGUCUUUAAAUGAAUUCCCAAUGCUGUCGCUCCAGAUCGAUCAAACAGACAGUAGCCUUCCACCAUUAGGCUGGCAAAACUUUGUGGCAAAGCGCAUCGUCAUCCGGUACUUAUCCCUCGGUUCGUGGCUAUCCCAUUUGAUCGAGCUGGCAAGGUAUGGUAACGUCCCGCUGUGCAACUUGGUCAAUCAUGACCCAAGGUUUUUGGUCGAUAUUGCCUACGCACGGAGGCUUCAGGCGAGCAACGUGGUUCUUUGGUGGUCAUCAACACCAAUCCCUGAUCAUGCUGGCCACCAGAAAGAUAGUAUUGUCCGAUCUCUCGAGCACGUUAAUAUGCCUGAUAUCAACAACAGAGGAUCAUAUUCCUCGGUCUGCAUCGAGCUUGACGUAAGAAAUCUGGCUAUCAACACCCUUCUAACCUCUUCUUUGAUCAACGAACUCGAGGGUGCAGAUGCUAUGGGGUUCAACCCGGCUGGUAAAUCCAACGGCGAAGAGCAACAAUCCCUAUACACCGAGAAUACAUUUGCCUCAGCUAGUAUCACCGUCUUAAGAGAUUUGGUGAAGUCAUGGUGGGGAGAUGCAACUAAGGGAAACAGUAUGGCUGAUCUCAUGGUCCAGCAUCUUGUCCGUUGGGUUGAGAGCCCAGAGUCGUUCCUCUACGACCACGCCCUCCACUUCUACGUCCAGACUAUGUCAAAAAAGGCUUUCUUGCAGCUACUCGCCGACUUCAGGCGUGUUGGUUCUAGCGUCGUAUAUGCUAGUGCGAAUCGUCUGAUUUUGCAAACGACAAAGGCCGAGGUAGGCACAGCUUACGCCUAUAGCCAGUAUAUUCUCAAAGCGAUCAAGGCGAAGCCUCUCUUCAAUUUCCUGGAUCUCGAUGUCAAGGAGUACUGGGACUAUCUCCUUUGGUAUGAUCCAUAUAACUAUGGUGGACUGGCUUGUUCCGAAGUAGUUGAGGCAGACAAACAAAAGUUGAACUUGAUCAUGCACUGGCAGUUUAGCAAGGCGCUGCCGCAAACUAUGCAGGAGGCUUUCAGCACAUGGGUCGUAGAGUUCGUGCAUAUUCUACACAGUUUCAAGCACCCAGAGAAUUCGGCCGGGAUGAUAGAAUCCACUCCUAGAAUGACACAACUACCUCCCAGGGCUACAGAUGGCGGGAAAGACGAUAUUGGCGACGUCUUGACAUUGCCUAAAGAGUUUUUGAAACCGUUGAAGAAGAACAUCUCGCAGUUGCUACGAUUGCAGCACGAUAUUAUACUUCACCCUGACCGGCAAUCGGAAUUUGAAUUCCCGAACUUACCUGGCACGAAGCUUGGGAGCUCUAAUGCUGUUCUGGAGCUCGUCAAAGCUAUGUCCGCAGUAUUUGCUCUACCCAAAGACCUUAUGCUCUCGACUCGACAGCUCCGAAAGGAUCUGUUGCAUAUGUUUGAUAUCAAGGAGUUUAGCAAAGAGGGCCAGUUCGAGAAUACAACAGAGAGCCUAAGAUUCGAGCAGGUGAUCUGUCAAAACUGCACCAUGUCGCGAGAUUUGGACUUCUGUAGGGAUGAAGAUCUAAUGCCGGAGUUAGACGUUGACGGGAAGCCCAGCAAGGAGAGAGCUUGGAGGUGUUUCAACUGUGGACAUGAAUACGACCGAUUGGCGUUACAGGAACGCAUGGUAGGCGAGGUAGAGGAGAUGUUGAUACGUUACAGCACGCAGGAUUUGGUUUGUUUUAGGUGCAAGAAGAUCAAGACUAGUGACUUUCAGGAACACUGUGCUUGCAGCGGGGUUUGGAAACUCACAAUUCCUAAGGAGGGCAUAGUGGCCCAGUUGAAGAUUUACAAGAGUGUAGCGGAAUAUUAUUCGCUCCAGAUGUUAGAGGAGAAUGUGAAGGUUAUCUUGGAGGGUAUAUAG